AUGGCAACAGCAGCUGCCUCGGUGCAGCCGCCAUCGUCAAAUCGAAUAUCUGGAGCAACGGCAACGGCAACGAUAACGACCCCUCAUGGUAAUGAUAAUGCAUCAUCGUCGCUUUGUAUUGGAACACCGGCAACAUCGUCGUCAUCGUCGUCAUCGUCGAACAUAACGCAUCAACCAGUAGUUGGCUUAGUGGCACCUCCUCGUGAAAUUUGUAUCGAAUUAUGCGUUGUAUGUGGCGAUAAAGCAUCGGGAAGGCAUUAUGGUGCAGUUAGUUGUGAAGGAUGUAAAGGAUUCUUCAAAAGGAGCAUUAGGAAGCAGGCAAGAAUAAUCGCUUAUCGAACAAUAACAAAUCGUCGCGGCUAUUUGCAUGUUGACAGUAUUGGAUAUGUGUGUCGUGGUACCAAAGAUUGUCCAGUAACCAAGUUUCACAGGAAUCGUUGUCAAUAUUGUCGCUUACGAAAAUGUCUCACCAUGGGGAUGCGAAGUGAAUGUAAGAUUCAUUUCAUUUUUUAA